GAGGUUUGGGCACAGUCUCUUGGUUGCUCCUCGCAAGAGCUGGUGUGGAGGAGCCGGCUCUGGGCAAGCCAGGCCUGACGUGGGCAGCCGGAGCCGCCGGGUUGGGGGGUCCCCAGCCAGGCAGGCAGCUCCCCCCCCCCCCCCCCCAUUGCCCAGCUCCAGCAAUGAGUGGCUCUUUCGACAAGAAGCUCUCCAGCAUCCUCACCGACCUCUCGGGCUCCCUGAGCUGCCAUGCCGCCUCCAAGGACUCUCCCACCUUACCGGAGUCCUCCGUCACCGACCUGGGCUACUACACCAGCCAGCACGACUACUACCCGGGCCAGUCCUACAGCCAGCCUGUGAGCCACUACCCCUACCACCAGUUCAACCUCAACGGCAUCGGAACCGCCGGCACCUACUCGCCCAAAUCUGACUAUUCCUACAGCCCUUCCUACCGCCAGUACAGCCACUUCAGGGACCAGCAGCUCCCGGCCCAAGAAGCAGUGUCGGUGAAGGAGGAGCCGGAGCCGGAGGUGCGGAUGGUCAAUGGGAAACCCAAGAAGAUCCGCAAGCCCCGCACCAUCUACUCCAGUUACCAGCUGGCGGCUCUGCAGCGCCGAUUCCAGAAAGCGCAGUACCUGGCGCUGCCCGAACGGGCUGAACUGGCCGCCCAGCUCGGGCUCACCCAGACCCAGGUGAAGAUCUGGUUCCAGAACCGGCGCUCCAAGUUCAAGAAGCUGUACAAGAACGGCGAGGUGCCGCUGGAGCACAGCCCCAACAACAGCGACUCCAUGGCCUGCAACUCCCCGCCUUCCCCGGCCGUCUGGGACAGUAACUCGCACGGCAGCGCGCCGGGCAGGACCCCCCUCCCGCAGCCGCUUCCUUACAGCUCUUCUCCUGGCUUCUUGGAGGAGCACAACCCCUGGUACCACCCCCAGACCCUCAGCGGACCCCACGGACCCCACCAGCCACCACCGGCCGCCGCGAUGCAUCACACCUCCCCGGGGCCGCCCCCAAACACGGGUGCCGUCUACUAAGAGCCAGGAAUGAGGGACAGUGGCAGAACUCCUUUGCCUCCUUUUUUUCCCCCUACUUUUUGGGUUUUUUUCUUCUUUUUGUUUUUUUUUUCUACUUUUAAAGCAAAAAAGGACACCCAUGUACACACACCCCUAAAUAUACUCUUAGAUAUCCUAUCCUUUCCCAGCUCAUCUCAGGAACAAGAGGACUCCAAAGGGUUAAACUCCAUAGCUACCAGCCCAGGGCAGGCAAGGAAAAGGUGGCAGCGAAUUCUUCUUAUGCAUUUUUAUCCUUAUUCCAUCACCCCCUAAUAAAAACCAGCCCCCGAGGAGCCGCAUCCCGAUGGGAAUCUCUCACUGGAGCUUUGCCUCUUGGGGCCACCCUGGGCAGCUGCCUUUAGGGGGGGCUCCCUGAGCACGAGGGGCACCCAGAGCACCCGCACCCAGGUCCGGAUGGAGCCCGUGGGGAGGAGGACGCGUGCGGGUGCCCAUCGCUGAUGCCAAAGGAGCGGGAUGAGCUUCACCCUCACGGCAUCGGAUGAGAGGAUGAGCUUCACCGCCGGGAUGCGGGGGGGGACCGCGGAUACCCCACGGGAGCCAAGCAGCACCCGCAGCCCAUCCGUUUCAAUGGCGGCUUCGCGGGAUGAGGACCGGCUCCGACAAUAAGGUGGUUAUUUAAGAAUAAAUCGAAAGUGUAAGGGGAGGGGGAGAAAAAAAGAAUCCUAUUUUAAUAUUUAAACAGUUCAGGAACGGUUUAAGUUAUUUUGUAGAGAGAAAAGCUGUGCUAAAGUCUGUUUCCCAGCAGUGACUCCAUCCGUGUCAGUUCAGCUCCCAGCGAAGCGGGGUGCCUGUUUUCUAAGCGAAUCAA